AAGCGCUUCAUCGUUGGAAAUAAUAACACGUUAAAAAUUGUGGUAUCGUUUCUAUUUAUAUAAAAAAAUUAAUAUAAAAAACAUUGAAUUCAAUUAUUAUAAAAAAAUAUAACAAAAUUGAAAAUUAUUUACCAAAUAAUAGAUACAUAAAAAUAAUUACAAGAAUUCUGUUCUAAGUGAUUUAUAAGAUUAUGUUUUUCAUUCAACGCGAUAUGCAAUGACGAUGAUAAUCGACGUACCCUUCAUCGUUGUCAAAUUCUUCGAUCGAUACAUUAAAACAUUAUGUACUUAUAAUUGUAUAUGAUAUAUUGAGUGAUUAAUUUUUUUAAUAAUUUUUUAUAAUCAUCUAGAAAAUAAUUUUAAUUUCAUGAUAGUUUUCUAAUCUUUUGUUUUUUUUUAUGUUUAAUUUCUUGUUUUGUUUUCAUUUUAUAUUUCUCAUACAAUAGAAAUAACGAGAAAAUAUAAAUAGCACGUAAAAAUUAAUUCUUAAAAUUAUCAACAGGUGGUUCAAGAAAAUAGCAAAUUUUAUCUUUUAUUUUAAAAAAAUAUAUAUAUGUAUAUUUCAAUAACAUAAAAUAUUAUCUAAAUAAUUUUUUCAAUAUUAUAAUAAUUAAUACCGAAUGAAAAAUUCAAAGACGGAAAGAGAAAAGAAAAAGAUGGUGCAUGAUUGUAUACUUAAAAAUUAAAGUUAAAAGAAAUUAAGUAUACAUUUAAUCAAUAAUAGAGAUAAUGAAACGAAAUAUUUGGCAAUUUUUUAUUUUUUAAUCGAAUAAUUUUAUAAAUUUUUUUUCGAUUAGAAAAAAUUUAUGUAACUGACAUCGAUCGAAGGACGAUUCGUGAUCACGCAAUAUCGUUCUAUUUUUGGGGAAUGUUUUUAAAUAGUAGUAACCUCGAGAAAUACCAGAUUUCACCAUCUUUAGAGCAAAGAAAUAGAGAAAUUUUUAAAUUAAUAACAAUCUAUAUAUAUAUCGGUAAAAUCGGUUAUGAAACAAUGUGUAAUGUGAAAGAAAAGAUUUUGUAUAUAUAUUUGCUUCAAAAUCAUUAUCUUGUAUCUGGCAUGAAAUUCGUUUAGAAAGCUAUAAAGUUACAAAUUUAUUUAUACAAAUUUUAUUUACUCCCUAUUCGUUAUUUGCUUCAAAAUCAUUAUUUGCAAUCAAAGAAAAACAAGUCAAGCCGCUUCUAAUCAUAUAUAUACUUAAUUAAUUGCUAAAUACCUUUCAAUUGCUAUAUUAUUAUUUAUUUCAUGUAAAAAAGCUAAAAUUAUUUUAAAAAUGAUGGAAUAAUUGAGAUAUAUAUAUUAUAUUGAGAUAUUCCAAUUUCUCUAACAAUUCGAUCGAAAAAUUUGAAAGAAAAAAUUUUCAAGAGAAAUGAAGAAAAAUAUAUAGAAGAAAAAAGAGGAAAAUAUUUGAAAAUUGAAAGAGCAAAGAUAAUAUAAAAUUGCUUUUAAAAAAAGAAAAAUCAGAUUAUAAAAGAAUAGAAAAAAAAAAAGAAGUUAAGUGUAUCGAAGAAGAGACAUGAAUCGUGAAGUGCAUAGUAUAGUGAUUCCAUCGAACAAUAACGUGAUGGAAGAAUGGUCGAGCAAUUCGACUAUCAACCGUAUCGAGAACGACGUAACUUCAAAUGGUUUAGUGCAAUUAAUAUUUUAUAUACUUUACGUACAUAUUUUUAUAUUGGGUGUAUUUGGUAACGUGCUGGUAUGCUUCGUCGUGGCACGAAAUCGACAGAUGCAGACAGUGACAAAUUUGUUCAUCACGAAUUUGGCAUUGAGCGAUGUUCUGCUUUGCGUUCUUGCGAUACCGUUUACACCAUUGUACACGUUCCUCGGUAGAUGGAUAUUUGGCAGAACUCUUUGCCAUUUGGUACCGUAUGCUCAAGGUGUCAGUGUAUACAUCAGCACGCUGACCUUGACAAGUAUCGCGAUCGAUAGAUUCAUGGUAAUUAUCUAUCCGUUCCAUCCUCGUAUGAAGAUCGAAGUUUGUUUACUCGUGAUCAUCGGUAUAUGGAUAUUCGCAUUACUACUCACUUCCCCUUACGGAAUUUACAUGCAUCUCGAGGAACCAUAUACUUACUGUGAAGAACAUUGGCCGAAUGAACGAUUUCGCAAAAUUUUUAGUUCCAUCACGUCAAUACUACAAUUUGUCCUACCAUUUUUCGUAAUUGCUUUUUGUUACAUCUGUGUCUCGAUCAAAUUAAAUAAUCGAGCUAAAACGAAACCUGGUACCAAAACCAAUAAAAGGGAAGAGGCUGACAGAGAGAGGAAGAAGCGAACGAAUCGAAUGCUGAUUGCUAUGGUCACUGUGUUCGGUAUAUCAUGGUUACCGCUUAAUAUCGUAAACGUUAUCAAUGAUUUUUAUUCGCCGGCCAAUGAUUGGAUAUAUUAUAAACUUUGUUUUUUCAUGACACAUUGGCUCGCUAUGAGUAGUACUUGUUAUAAUCCUUUCCUUUACGCUUGGCUCAACGAUAACUUUCGCAAAGAAUUUAAACAAGUACUUCCAUGCUUUUCAAAAACAAUUAAUGGUUAUACUCCGAAAACUACCGAAGAAUUUCAAAAUAAUAAAGAAUGUAACGGAAAUAAUACCCUUCAGGAAUCUUUAUUAUUGAAUGAAACGCAAAUAAGAAAUUCGAAUCCAGAAGGCUGUGAAUUGAUUACCCAUGAAACAACAACUAGCAACGUGUCGAGAGACAUAGAAGAAACAGAAGCUCUCUGAUUCGACAAAGGUUCAAAUGUCAAUCGAUUAAUAAACAGCUGUACUUUCCCUGGAGACUAAAAAAAAUAUCUACUUUCAACUAAAUAUAUACUAAAUUUUUCAUGGAUUAUUAUACAUUUAGAAUAAUUGGUGACGAUAAAUUAAAUGAAGGAAACAAAAAAUAUAAUAUUUUAAAAGAAUAUACAAUGUAUUUAUUAUGAUAUGAUAACAUUCAUAAAUUUAAAUUUGUUAUAAAUUACAAAAGAAAUUGCAAAAAAAAAAAUAAACAGAAACUUAUUCAACUUAAA